UAUAGCCACAGUAUGGCAGCAUUUUGGUACCGGCAAAUGCGCGAAACUUAAGAAAUUUUUGUAAAUUGUGAAAUCAUGUCAGAGAAUUCGCCGCAGACGCCAAGUAAGGAGACGCCAAACGACGACACACCAAGCAAUGAAACGCCAACCAAUGACACGUCAAGGAAGGAGGCGCCAGCCGAAGAAGUACCUAUCAAUGAGCUACUGAUGACCACAACAGCGAUCCAGGAGGACGAAGAAUUGGCCAAUGUUGUGACAGCCGAGGAAUACCUAAUGCGUAAAGAUGUGGUUCUACUGGAAUAUGAGAAGCAAAUGUUUCUGGACAUGGUUCAAGCCGACGGUUUGCUGGUAUGCGCCAAGGGUCUGAGCUUUGAGCGAGUCCUACUGAAUAUACUGAAGGCAUACAGUGAUACGGGCAAUUUGGUGCUGGUAAUCAACAGUUCGGACUGGGAGGAGCAGUAUUAUAAAUCCAAAUUGGAGAGCAAAUAUGUACAUGAAGUGGCAAAUACGGCCACAGAGAGGGAACGCGUUUAUGUCGAAGGUGGCAUACAAUUCAUAACUACUCGCAUUCUUGUGGUGGAUCUUCUCAAGCAACGUAUACCAAUUGAAUUAAUCACUGGCAUCAUUGUGUUGCGGGCACACACAAUCAUUGAGAGCUGCCAAGAGGCAUUCGCCUUGCGUCUUUAUCGUCAGAGCAACAAAACUGGUUUCAUCAAGGCUUUCUCCUGCAGCGCAGAGGCUUUUACCAUUGGAUACGCUCACAUACAACGAACCAUGCGCAAUCUGUUUGUAAAGAAUUUGUAUAUUUGGCCGCGUUUCCAUGCCACAGUGCGUUCCGUACUAAAACCUUGGGAGGCACAAACCAUUGAGCUCCAUGUGCCACUUACUCCCUCGAUGACAGCCAUUCAGACCCACAUUUUGGACAUUAUGAAUUUCUUGGUGCGUGAAAUUAAGCGUAUCAAUCGGACAGUGGAUCUGGAGUCAGUAACUGUGGAGAACUGUGUAACCAAGAAGUUCCAUAAGAUUCUACAGGCGCAAUUGGAUUGCAUUUGGCAUCAGCUAAAUUCACAAACGAAGUUGAUUGUGGCCGAUCUCAAGAUCCUAAGGAGCUUAAUGAUCUCGACCAUGUACCAUGAUUCAGUGAGCGCCUAUGCGCUGAUUAAGCGUUAUCGUGGUAAAGAAUAUGCUCUCAGUAAUUCGGGCUGGACCUUGCUUGACGCUGCCGAGCAGAUAUUCAAGUUGUCCCGUGAAAGAGUUUUCAAUGGUCACCAAGAAUUUGAGCCGGAGCCUUGUGCGAAAUGGAAACCUCUAACCGAAUUGCUUACCCAGGAUAUUCCCGGUGAUAUGCGACGCACACAUGGAGCCAAUCACAUGGUACAGCCAAAGGUCUUGAUACUCUGUCAGGAUGCCCGCACAUGCUUUCAGUUGAAACAAUAUCUGACCCAAGGCGGACCUCGCUUCCUGCUGCAGCAGGCCCUGCGUCAUGAGGUCCCAGUGGGCAAGAUGAGCGAUAAAUAUGCCAAAGAAGGUCAAUCACAAGCAACACCAGCACCAGCCGACAAGUCAAGCCAAAAACCCAUCAAAUCGGAGUCGGAAUUGGAAUCGUCUGCAACGGCAAGUCAAAUGGAUGAGCUCUCUCAGCUUCUGGGCAAUGAAACUGACCCAGCCGAUGGCCAGUAUUUCGGGGAAAGUUACAUGCUGACUAUGACCCAGCUAAAUCCGAAUGCAAACAAUAUCAAAGACGAACCCGAUGUCUCCAUAUUCGAGUCGUUUCCCGAACUUGAAGAACUCGAUGUGAGUGCCAUGGUGACCGCUCAUCAGCAGCAGCCAUUUAUUUGCCUGCAAACGUUCAAAACGGAACGUGAAGGCGCCAUGGCUCUGGAGAAUAUGUUGGAGCAAUUGCAGCCACACUAUGUUGUUAUGUAUAAUACAAAUGUAAUGGCCAUAAGGCAAUUAGAGGUAUUCGAGGCACGUCGUCGCCUGCCACCCAAGGAGCGGAUGAAGGUUUAUUUUUUGAUACACGCUCGCACCGUCGAAGAGCAAUCCUAUCUGACCAGCUUGCGGCGGGAGAAAUCGGCGUUUGAAUUGAUUAUUGAUACAAAGAGUAAAAUGGUGAUACCAGAAUACCAAGAUGGUAAAACAGAUGAGGCCUUCAUCCUAUACAGGCCAUUCGAUAAUGAAUCCGGCGACAUUGACAGUGCCAAUGCUAAGAGUCGCCAGGCUGGCGGCCAGGCGCGUUCGAAAACUGAGACACCGAAGGUUAUUGUGGAUAUGCGGGAAUUCCGUUCGGAUCUGCCAUGUCUGAUCCAUAAACGUGGAUUGGAAGUCGUCCCAUUGACCAUAACAAUCGGCGAUUAUAUUCUCACGCCGGAGGUGUGCGUUGAACGGAAAUCGAUUUCCGAUUUAAUUGGCUCCCUCAAUUCGGGACGUUUGUAUAAUCAAUGUGUACAGAUGCAAAGGCAUUAUGCUAAACCGAUAUUGCUGAUCGAAUUUGAUCAGAAUAAGCCAUUCCAUUUGCAAGGGAAAUUCAUGCUUUCGCAGCAGACGACGUCAACAAAUGCAGAUAUAAUGCAGAAAUUGCAAUUACUAACUCUGCAUUUUCCCAAACUACGUUUAAUCUGGUCACCCAGUCCAUAUGCGACGGCUCAAUUGUUCGAGGAACUUAAAUUGGACAAACCGGAACCAGACGCACAGCAGGCCGUCGCCUUGGGCGGUGGCAGUGAACUUGGCGAGCCUGGAGCGACUAUCGAGCAGUUGCAAUAUAAUCCAGCCAUAUAUGAUUUUCUGCUCCGUUUGCCUGGCAUCCAUACACGAAAUGUCCAUAGUCUGGUGCGGAAGGGCGGUAAUUUACGUCAACUGCUGCAGCGCACUCAAGCAGAACUCGCUGAUCUUCUGCAGUCGCAGGAGAGUGGCAAGCUACUCUGGGAUAUACUCCAUGUAGCGCAUUUACCUCAAAAGGACGAAGUGGCCGGGUCGACGGCUCUUUUGGCUGCGGGCAAACAAUUUGGCAGCGGUUCGCACAAUCGUUUCAGGAAAGCAGCACAGGACUCUCGCCGGGGCAGGCGAUAAACUGCAGUAGACCUGAUGACCACCACCAUCCCGCGCACCAUACCCCCACACACACAUGAGAGCAGACCAAACAAAAUUAUGAAAAUUUUUUAAGCAUUGCAAUUAACUUUUCUGCAUGAAGGUGGAGCAGGUGUAGCCGGUCCCUGGCUGUCUGGACAUCACAUGCAUACGCACACAAACAGAGACACACAGACAGACAGACAGGCAGUCAUCGGGAUGAACAACUGAAACACAGUGCUGGUCUGUGACAGACAACAAUUUAAAAGGCGGAUGGGAAUGAGGCUGAAAAAUCAAUUCCCAUGAAUUUUUAAUUGCCAUUGAAUGUGGUUGUCGAACAGCAGCAUCAUCAGUGCAGGAGGUUAAAGUUCAUUUUGUCCACAAAACGUCCUUUAAAACAACAAUAUUUAUAUACGAAGCCAGAUAUGUGAUAGAUAUAAAAUCAUACUAGAAACCUUAAAAAGUCCCAUCCUUAUUCGUUAAAUGUACUACGUAAGCUUAAAUUCAGUGAAUAUUUUUACAAUCCUCUAGAAUUAAAUAAAGUUUAUCCUUCUUUGAGAUUAAAUUAAACUAGAAAGAAACUAGCUUUGGCUCCGCCGAAGUUCAUAUA